UGCUAUUUCUCCUUUCAUUCUGAUUUUCUUCUUUAGUGAAAACAAAAACGAAGAGAAACAUUGACGCAUUUGAGAAUAUUGUUUCUGAGCAGACAGCAGAUAUUUGUGAUUUUUGAAACUUGCUCAGAAAGAGAAAGUAAAGUUCAGAUUGCCGGAGCUCAAACAGUGAAAAUGGUUUCAUCAGCUGAAUAUGACUAUAAUUGUCCCAUGUGCUGUGAAAUCUUCAAGACUCCUGUUCUUUUAUCAUGUAGUCACAGUGUCUGUAAAGAGUGUCUUCAACAGUUCUGGAGAACCAAGAAAACUCAGGAGUGUCCUGUCUGCAGGAGAAGAUCCUCAAGAGAACAACCUUCAGCAAAUCUGGCAUUACAAAACUUAUGUGAGUCGUUCCUGAAGGAGAGAAAUGAGAGUCGUUCAUCAGGAUCUGAGGAGAUCUGCAGUUUACACAGUGAGAAACUCAAACUCAGCCUGCACAGACAGCCUGCGUUUGAUUUUGCUUUACUUCACAAAAACACAUCAAUCAUACAUUUAAACCAAUAAGUGAAGUAGUUCCUUCAUAUAUUCGUUUCGGGAUGGCGACGAAUCUGCUUACAGACAGGAAGUUGAGCAGCUGUCUCUCUGGUGCAGUCGCAACAACCUGGAGCUCAACACGCUCAAAACGGUAGAGAUGAUGGUGGACUUCAGGAGAAAGCCCCCUGCACUCACCCCUCUCACCAUCAUGAACAGCACUGUGGCUGCAGUGGACUCAUUCAAGUUCCUAGGAACUAACAUCUCCCAGGACCUGAAGUGGGACAUUCACAUUGACUUCAUUGUGAAAAAAGCCCAGCAGAGGUUGUACUUUCUUCGUCAACUGAAAAAGUUCAAUCUACCACAGGCACUGAUGACACAGUUUUACUCCGCUGUCAUUGAGUCAGUUCUGUGCUCUUCUAUAACUGCCUUGUUUGGGGCAGCCAGUAAAUCAGAUAUAAGAAGACUGCAACGGACUGUUAGGACAGCAGAAAGAAUCAUUGGUGUGCACCUGCCCAACCUUCAGGACUUACAUCUCCAGAGUGAAGAAACGGGCAGGAAACAUCAUCCAAGACCCUUCUCACCCCGGACACAACCUGUUUGCACUUCUCCCCUCAGGCAGACGCUACAGAUCCCUGAGCACUAAAACAUCUAGACAUAAAAACAGCUUUUUCCCAAAUGCCAUCUCCAGUUUAAACAGAUAAACACAAACAUUACCUGGGUUCUACAAUUCAUUAUGCAUUUCUUCCUCCAUUUCUAAUUAUUGUCUCUUUCUGUAGUAUUGUUAUGUAAACUUCUGUAGUAUUAUUAUGUAAGUACUCAUGCACAUCUCUUAUUUAUAUAGCUGUAUAUAGAAAAUAUAAUGCACAAUCCUGUACAUAAAUCAUCUGUUCCAGUUUCAUACAUUAUUAUUUAUUUUUAAGUUUUUAUUUUAUUUAAAUGUUGUAUGUAUGUAUGUAUGUAUGUACCAGGAGCACCUUAAAAAAACCACAACAAAUUCCUUGUGUGUUUGCGCACAAUUGGUGAAUAAAGCUAAUUCUGAUUCUGAUAAGGAAGAGCUCAAUACAUCACUGAAGUCCUUACGGGAGAAACUUAAAAAGAGAGAAAACAUGCAAGGAGAGUUUGAGAAAACAGUUCAACACAUCAAGUCUCAAGCUGAGCACACAGAGCGUCAGAUUAAAACAGCAGUUUGAGAAGCUUCAUCAGUUUCUCAGAGAUGAAGAAGAAGCUACAAUCACUGCACUGAGAAAGGAAGAGGAGCAGAAGAAGCAGAUGAUGAAGGAGAAGCUGGAGGAGAUGAACAGACACAUCUCAGCUCUUUCACACACAAUCAAAGACACGGAGGAGAUGAUGAAAGCCAAUGACGUCUGCUUUCUAAAGGAGUUUCCAGUCACGAUGGAAAGAGUCCAGAUCUCACAGCCGGAUCCACAGACUGGAGCUUUGAUUCAUGUGCCACGUUACUUGGGCAACCUGCCGUUCAGAGUCUGGAAGAAGAUGAAGGACAUUGUCCAAAACACUCCUGUGAUUCUGGAUCCAAACACUGCAUAUGCAGAUCUCGUCCUGUCUGAUGAUCUGACCAGUGUGAGAAACAGCGAGCACAGUCAACCGCUUCCUGAUAAUCCAGAGAGAUUCAACAGGUAUUUCUGUGUUCUGGGUUCAGAGGGUUUUAACUCAGGAACACACAGCUGGGAUGUGGAGGUUAAAGAGAGUUCAAUCUGGAGUCUUGGAGUAACUACAGCAUCAAACCAAAGGAAGGGAAAUGAUUUCUUUAACACUGAUGUCUGGAGUGUGCAGUAUGGUCUGAUCACUUUGGUUUUCAUGUUAAACAGGAUCUUGAGCGUGUAAGAGUUGAUCUGAACUAUAACAGAGGAACGGUGUCAUUCUCCGAUCCUGUAACUAAC